AUGUCACCAUCAGCAGUAAAUGGGUCGGAAAAUUCAGGCGCAGGUGAAAUGGCUCUUCAGCAGCAGAAUGUAGAAAGUUAUGGAGAGGAAGACCUCCAGCUGCAGAACAACGAAAGCCGAGGUACAGGUUUAAUUAUGAUAGUUUGAUAAUGGGGAGGUGGAUGCAAACAUCAUUCUCACUGGUGUGGUCUACAUGUUCCUUACAUGGGCUGACACUGGAAGGGGACUGUUUUUAUAUGGUCCUUCAUUACUCGACUAAUUCCCCCUAUUGUUGCUACCCUCUAACAAUUUCACUUGCCCAGCAGAUUUUGUGUGGGGUAGCAGGUGUGUUGUCAGAAAUAGGCUUCUAAAGAUACAAUAAUUCAUUUUUAAAGUGGAUUAUCAUUAUACAGUCACGAGCAUACAUUUACCAGUAAGUGAUACAUUAAUGCAGAACCAAACAUACAACAGCAUUGUCAAGUAAAGUAAAACUUUAUUGAAUCUCCAAUCAGGGUUUUUCAGACUCAACAUACAUAAGCAUAUAGACUCAUAAGGUAAGUUUGAAGUAUUGAAUAAAUUAUCUAAACGUUAAAAUUAUAAUAAUAGAUAAAAACAUCAAUGGGUUUCUCUCCUAGCUGACAAUUUUGAAAGUACGCAGGCUGUCUGCAGUAGUGAUUGCACGUGGCAAUGAGUUCCAGAAUUUGAUAUUGCUCUAUAUAGAAAAGUUUGUUGACCUGCAGCCGAUUGAUAAGCUGGAAUAUUAAGAUAGUCCUUAUUUCUUGUGUUGCGAUCAUGAACAGUAGAUCUUGUCACCCAACAAUCACUCAAGUAACUUAAGGUGCUAGCCCUUUCACACACUUAAACGUGAGAAUGCCUACCGUACACAUCAAAUCAUAACUCACAGGGAGCCAGCAUAACUCCUGAAGAACCGGUGUUAUAUGAUCAAAUGUACUUGUAUUAGUGAUCAUUCUUACAGCAAAAUUCUAGAUUUUUUGCAGCUUUGAGAUAUUUUUCUUAGUUGUGCUAGACCAUACUGGAGAACAAUAGUAUAAUUUGCUAAAUACCAGCACAUUAUUUAUAACAUUCCCCAAUGUCGUGUUGCUGAGAAGGUUGUCUCCAAACCACCUAAACAUGAUGAGACAGUGUUUGUAAUAUGUUCAUCAAAGCUAAGGGUGGAGUCUACUUGAAGUCCCAGGUCUUGUAUAGAGGAGGCUGUAGUAACUUCCUUUCCAAGUAGAGAGACGUGAAAGUCUGCAGGUAGUCUCUGUAGCAUUUGUCGGGUUCCCAGUACCACCAACUUGGUCUUGUCUGGGUGGAUCAAAAGACUAUUAUAGCAGCACUAAUAAGCAAUCUUCAAUAAAUUAUCAUAUUUAAUUUGCUGGACCACACUGCAAGUAUCUUUGACAGAAAAUGACAAAUAGAGUCUUGAAUCGUCAAAGUCUGAUUCCAGAGAACCAAAUUUCAGGAUGUUGGGAAGGUCGUUCAUGUAGAUGGUAAAUAGGGCCGGACCUAGGAUGGAACCCUUUGGUACACCAUGAGAAAUAGCACCCAGACUUGAGGCCUCAGCACCAAUCCUGACGUAUUGUUGAUGUCCCGACAAAUAGCUUCCAAACCAUUCCAGAGUGGUACAACCAACCCCCAGUGUCUUUUUUUUUUUGCCAGAAGUCUACUAUGGUCUAGACUGUCAAAUGCCUUUGACAAGUCUAGGAGGACUACAAGUGAAAGGUUUUUUCGCAUCCAUUACGAGUGCCUUAUCCGUCAUCAUAACAUUGAGUGUUUCACAUCAAUGCACCUUCUUGUUGCCACUCUGAUGCUCGGUCACUGCCUCUCUUGGUCAUGUACGGAGUCAAUUGAUUCAGAGCUACUCGUUUGCAAACCUUCGAUGCAACUGGGAGUAGCGAUACUGGGCAGUUAUUGUUUGCAAUCUCAUGAUCUCCUUCCUUAAGUAACGGGCCGGGGUGACCUCAGAAAUGUUCAAAUGGGAUGGAAAAACUGAUGACAAUAGGAACCAGUUCACGAUGUCUGUAAGUACAGACAAAAUGUGAGGAAGUGAAUCCUUAAUCACUGACAUAGUUAUAUUGUCAUGGCCAGGUGCCUUAUUGGAUGAAAAAGACAUUAUAAUCCUAUGGAUUUCAUGAGUAGAGACUGCAUAAAAUUGGAAUUUAUCUGCUUCACAUGGUAAAUUUGUUUAGCAACAAGCUCUAGAAUUAGCUAGUUUACAAUCAAGGUAUAGGCACACGUACACUAGAAUUUUCCCUAUUUAUAGUCUCAUUUGCUUCACACAGGUUUUAAAAUAACAUAUCAAAUUGUCCUUGUCUUGAAGCAAUAAUAUCUCCCUGUUAAAUAUAACUUAUGACUGUUGUUUUUCAGGCCCUUUUCCAACUGAAAAUUCUCACAGGUUCACUGAUUCCUGCAGGCAUAUGGCAGAUUAUUUACCUCCCAAGGAUGCAGGUACUUUCACAUUUAAAGCAAUGGUUAUUUAAACGUGUCUAUAUCAUCUGUAGGUAUUUUUUGGUGUGAUGCAAACUGUAUUUGCAUAAGUUCUAGGUAGCUUCUUAUUGAUGUCCAAUAUUUUUUUAUUUCCUGGAAAAGUUGUUUAAUGAGUUCCAGCAUGCGCUUCAUGCUACCAGCUCAGACUGACUCCCUUCUUGGGACCAUUAUCCUCAAACAUCUCAUUUAAAUAGUGUAUUUUUUGUUUUUUUUCCUUUUUUGUUACGUGAUGUUUUAUGUAUGUUGUAGAUUAAUAUAGAUUUUUAUUUUCCCUUUGUUUUGGGGUGUGGUUACUGUAAUGUAUAGUAAUAAGUAAUUUCAAGCACGCCAAAAUAAAAUUCCAAAAAAACAUAACAUGUAUUACAAAAAAGUAGCAGCACUGCAUUUAAUAAACAAGAAAUAUCUUUUGUUAGCAAUACUUCACCCCAGACAAAAUUAUGUUGACAGAAGGCACAGUCAAGUCUGCUAGAGCACAUUUCAAAUAAAUGUGCAGUUCCAUUAUCCAACCCCCUCAAGAAAUGAAACAGAAAUUAUGAGGGGAGUGGGGGUCCAAGAGGAGACAAUUUCCAAGGGGAAUGGGGUGGCUUCUCAAGGUCUUUUUUUCUGGGGAUCUGGGGGAAGAUUAGCCUCUUCUAACAAGUUUGAACAGGAAGGGAGUAAUUAAAGUUCUUCAAUCUAAUGUAUGCAUGCAAAAGGAAGGAUCAAUGAGCUGGCUUAGGGAAGUCAAGUUCCAAGGCAAAAAGAUCACUCACAGUCAAUGUAAAGUUUGAAGGCAACUAGCUCUUUUACAGAUAACAUCAUUUGUGUAAUUAGUGACACAGUGUACAAGCAAAGAAAUACCUCUACACAAUAUGAAAGGAUGGCUUUUCCAGAUCCUUGGUUGGCAUAAAUGACAAGGCAAAACUGAAGAGGCCAGACAUUAAUGUUGGUGUCAAACACUGUAUUAUCCUGAACUGCAGUAAUUGUUUCAUACCUGCAGUUACUUACACAUGCGACCAUUUAUCAGUUGAAAUGAAAUUAAGUGAAGCUUUUUAAUUGAAAUAUUCUUUCCAGGGGGUACCCAAACCUAGUGGUAAGAUCAUGGAAAUUCCAGAGGGUAGGGAAGAGGGGUAUGACAAGCAUUUUUUGUAUGAACCCUGCAUGUAUACUUAUCAGUGUUUCCUUGGUCAUCAAUAAUUAGAGAUCCGAUAGUUGAUCAGUUGCUUUUUAAACAUUUACUCAACAUUUCAAUGUUGCGAACAUCAUAAUGUUUCUCACUGUUGAUAAUGAUGUUUAAUCAUCAAAAUGUCGAGUAGUGUUAUUAAGUUUAAUUUUUCUCAUAAAUAAUUAAAUAAAUUUAAAGUGGAGUUGUAUGUACUUUCAUUGGUAAAAUUGAAUCUGAGUUUCCAGUGGGGGCUGGGGGUGGUAUUUACACUCCAGUGGAGUCAAAUAUACCGGCAGGGAAUCACAUCAGUGCAAGUGGUGGUAGUGAUUACAAAAGUAAUCCAGGUGGCACCGCUCAACUGAGAGAAAACAAAUGCACUUCUGAUGAUAAAGUGGCUGCAGCAGCUGAAGAUGACACAGGUACAGAUUCAAGUGAAGUUCACGUGAAUAGAAGAAGUAGCAGUGAAGGCUUGCCACAAGAAGGAAACUGCUCUCAGGCUGUUGAACAAAGUACAGGUUUAAACAGGAAAAAAGUAUAAUUAAAAAGGAGUUUUGUGUACUUUUAUAGGUGAAACUGAACCAAAAUUGCCAGUGGGGGCUGCAGGUGGUAUUUGUCCUCCAGUGGAUUCAGAUUCACUGGCAGAGAGCCACAUUAGUGUAAGUGGUGGUGAUGAUAAAAGCAAUCCAGGUGGCAACACUCAACCAGGAGAAAUCAAACACAAUAUUGAUAAUAAAGUGGCUGCAGCAGCAGAAAAGGACACAGAUUUACAUCCAAGUAAAGUUAAGAAGACUUAGCAGAAGAAGAAAACUCUUGGGCUGCAGAACAAGGUACAGGUUUAAACCGAGAAAAGAAAGGAUUAUUACUUUCAAAAAGAUAAUUUGUUUAAAAAGGAGUUGUGUGUACUUUCAUAGGUGAAACUGGAUCAGAAUUUCUAGUUGGGGCUUCAGGUGGCGUUUAUCCUCAAGUGAAGCCAGAUUUAGUGGCAGGGUGUCACAUUAGUGCAGGUGGUGGUGGCAACAAAAGCGAUCCAGGUGGCACCGCUCUACCGCAUGUAAUCAAACACACUCUUGAUGAUAAAGUGGCUCUUGCAGCAGCAGAAAGUGACAGAGGUACAGGAAUAAGUGAAAUUUACGUGAAAGGAAGAAGCAGUGCAGUGUUUCUGCAUUCUGUCCUAACCGUGUGGGUUAAAUUAUUGAUACAGGUCUUUGCUGCCUAUAUAAAUAGGAUGUUUAAUACUUACGGUAUAUAAGGGAGAAUGAAUGUUGAGUCUAAACUUUGUUAAAGAAUGUUGUUAUUGAGACAGAGUGUGCUUUAUGUACAUAAUUUAAUUGUCAAAAAGUAGAAUUUUAGAAUUACUUGGUUCAUUGCCGAUAUUGUACAUCUUGUUUCUCAGAAUUUGUAGUCAAUGGGGACCAUUCUCUGGAACCAAAAGAAGUAGACAAUACAUCCCCUGAAAUGAUCCCAUCAGGUGGGUUAGGCUGUCAACCAGUGACGCCCUUGACGGAGAUUAGCAGUGAAGGAGCAAGGAAUACGGGUAUAAAACUGACGAAGAUACCCUCUGACAAAGUGCAGCCCAGGGUCCCACCAGAUGGAACAAGUCGAUCAAGAAUCAUCUUUGAAGAGGCCAUGGCGAAAGAAGCAACCACCUUCCCACCUCCACCUCACAACCACAAAGACACCACUCCAUCACGCGUAGUUGUUUCACCAGAUGGAUUAAGUUUUCAACCGUCUUUGUCUGGAGGCGCAAGGAGAGUUGAACCUAACACGGUAUCUUUACCUUCUAACAACCAGAAGGACACACCUCCAUUAAGGACAGCAGGUGUUCAUCAUCCAGAAGCGGUGAAUUUGCCUUGUAAGAGUGACAAAGACAAGACAGCAACAAGGGUGCCUCCAGAAGGAGUAAGCUUUAGAGAAUCAUCAGUCACCACUGAUGGGAACACCAACAUUAAUCCUUUAGUGGUGGCAUUACCAAUUAAGAAUAGCAAUGACAGAACACAAUCAGGGGCGAAAACGCCAAGUGGAAUGAUUUCUCAACCAUCAUCGGUCACCACUGACAGAGCAGGAAAUGAUGAUGUAAAAGUGGUGACAUAACCUACUAAGAAUGGCAGGACACAAUCAGGGGCAACUGCACCAAGUGGAUUGUGUGCUCAACCAUCAUCGGUCACCACUAAUGCUGUACCUGCAAGUUAUGUGGCAUCUCAAGCGAUCUCAACUGCGGGCCACAGGAUCGCUGGAAAAAGCUUUAGUU